AUGAAAAUCGCCAGACAGCCACUUAUCCUCAGCCUUCUGGGCCUGGUGGACCUUGCUCGCUGCAACGUGCUGCCCAAAUGGAACUCCUACCCUGGCCACGAUCCUGCUAUUGAGAACCGCACUCUGGACGAAAUCUACGAGUCUGCUAAACAGGAGACGGGGGACCUGAUUGUUCUUUGGGGAGGAGAUGCUGUUAGCCAGGGCGAAUCAACGAUUGCAGCAUGGCAAGCACGAUUCCCUGAAAUCAAGCUCAAUCUGACUGUAGAUGUUUCAAAAUAUCAUGACAGCCGAGUCAAUCGUCAGUUCCAGCGCAAUGGAACCGACGGCGCAGACAUUGCGGUGUUGCAGACGGUCCAGGAUUUCGGUCGCUGGAAGAGGGAGGGACGGCUGUUACCCUACAAGCCGUUGAAAUGGGAGGACAUUUAUACCGCUAUCAAGGAUCCUCAAGGUGCCUUUGUGGGCGCAUUUAUUUAUGGAUUCGGAGAUCUCAUUUACAACACCGGACUGGUGAAUGAGUCUAAUGUCCCAUCCUCCUAUGGUGAAUUUGUACGCCCGGAGUGGAAAAGCAAACUCACGUUGACGUAUCCCAACGACGACGACGCUAUCACAUAUCUCUUCUCUGUCAUCAUCGACAAAUAUGGCUGGGAAUGGUUCGAAUCACUCAUUGAACAGGACGUACAAUGGGUUCGGGGAACUGGCGAGCCAGCUGACUAUCUUGCUGAAGCCAAUUCAACUCGGUCGUUAUCUUUCACCACUGGCUUGAGCGGAGCUAAAAACCUCGCUAGCAAAACGCCCGAAGACACUCAUCUAUUCUGGCCACAGACUGGUGCUAUUUUUGCCUCUACUCCUCGCCCCGAAAGUGCGAAAUUGUUCAUGAGCUGGUUGCUUAGCGACGAAUACCAGCAGCAAUUCGUCGACGGUGAGAGCUACUUGGUACGGAAGGACUUGACUUCGAAGGCGGGAAGUGUGUGGGACGAUAAAUUCUCGUCCCUGACUCAGUUUGCGACCUUCAUGGAAAACCGUGAGUUGGUUGAGUGGUGGAGACUCCAGUUUGAGACUUCUAUCGGGACUGCUCAGGGCCUUAGCCCCGUGCUUUCGUACUAUGGCAGUCGCUAA